GAGGUGAUGAUUAACGUCGGAGACGUUGGGAAGGACUACGAACACGGACUACAGCUGCUGAAGAAACUCGGCGAGUUCAGGGGAACGGGAGAAGGGGACGUGACGGUGGACGACGCUCACAUCACGGCCAUCAACAGCCUGGCGGCGCGACUGGAGACGAGACGGAGCGCCGACGACCUGGUGACUGUUCGCCGGAGGAGACAGCAGCUCAACGACAGGUGGAGCAAGUUUCACGGGGAUCUGCACAGUUAUAGGAGGAAGGUGGAGGGGGCGCUGGUGGUCCACGGUCUGAUCAGGGAGCUGGAAGAGGUCCGAGACCGGGCCAACGAGAAGAUGCUGCUGCUGCAGGGUCAGGACUGCGGGUCUGAUGUGGACUCCGUGGAGAAUCUGAUACGACGCCACGAGGAGACGGAGCGAGAAGCCGGCGUCAUCCAGGAGAGGUCAAAG